GCGAUGUGAUUAUGUGAGAAGGCAAUGGGCACUGUAAGUAACAUUCAUGAUGUAAUAAGACAGUGGGCUAUUAGUGCACUUUCCAAAUAUUGACACUCGCCAAGGCAGAGAGAGACAGAGGAGGGGGAGUACGGAUGAAGGAAAACCCCAUGACCACCAUCUACCUGAUGCUGCUUUUGCUCCACGCCCAUCUCUCAAUCUGCAAUGGGUUGGUCCCCGUCUCCGUUGUAGGCCUGAAUUCAGUGAAAAAUAAUGAAAUCGAAGCAAUCCCCAAAAGGGAUUGCGGGGGAGAGGUGGGGCAAUGCUUGGGGGAGGAGAUGGAUUGGGAGUGGGAGAUAAGCAGCAGGAGGGUUCUGGUGAUGCAGAAGAAGUACAUAAGCUAUGAGACACUCAAAAAGGACAUGAUUCCUUGUGCCAGGCCUGGGGCCUCUUACUACAACUGCCGUGCCUCUGGAGAGGCUAACCCUUACAACAGAGGUUGUGAAGUCAUCACUGGCUGUGCAAGAGGUGUUAGAGACAUCAAUUCUUGAAUCCCCUAUUUUGUAUACCAUGUUGAUCCUCAACAAUGGUGUGUGGAUGGGCAACAACUGAACAGGCUAAACAACUUUGGUAGUUGAAGAAGCCGUUGGCCAAACUAAACCUAGAAUCACAGGUUGUUUCAUGUUGAAUGUUGAGUAAGACUAGGCUAUAGCAGCAGUAGCUUUUCUUUCUGGUUCAUGCAAAUCUUUGGUAAGUAAGUAUUCUGAUUGUAUGAUGUCUUGUAUCAGAGGAGGAACAUAAGGGCAAUGGAGAAACAUUUCCCUAGUAAUAAACGAAAGCUUUAUGAUAUUGCUUUACUUGCACCCUCUUGUCAUCCUAUUGGGAGUCUGAAUUUGAUCCUUAAAUUUGGAGUAUGGCAGCUAUGGCUUGUGAAACACCAAAUGGUAGUGUUUGUACGAGCUAACUUGAAAUGCUGAGAACUCCUGAUUUUGAUUUUGGAGAUA